UCUCCUCCAGCAUUCCCUACCUUCUGCCACCAUGAAGUCACUCCUGAUUCUGGCCCUUGUGGGAGCUGCUGUUGCUUUCCCUGUUGAUGAUGAUGACAAGAUCGUCGGAGGCUACACCUGCCAGCAGAAUUCUGUCCCCUACCAGGUGUCCCUGAACUCUGGCUACCACUUCUGUGGAGGCUCCCUCAUCAACAACCAGUGGGUAGUAUCUGCUGCUCACUGCUACAAGUCCCGCAUCCAGGUGAGGCUGGGAGAGCACAACAUCAAUGUCGUUGAGGGCGACGAGCAGUUCAUCACUGCUUCCAAGAUCAUCCGCCACCCCAGCUACAGUAGCUGGACACUGGACAAUGACAUCAUGCUGAUCAAACUCUCUUCCCCUGUAACCGUCAAUGCCCGGGUGGCCCCUGUAUCUCUGCCUACCUCCUGUGCACCUGCUGGCACUCAGUGUCUCAUCUCUGGCUGGGGCAACACCCUGAGCAACGGUGUCAACAACCCUGACCUGCUGCAGUGCCUGGAUGCCCCACUGCUGUCUCAGUCUGCCUGUGAAGCUGCCUACCCUGGGCAGAUCACCAAAAACAUGGUCUGUGCUGGCUUCCUCGAGGGAGGCAAGGAUUCCUGCCAGGGUGACUCUGGUGGUCCUGUGGUCUGCAAGGGACAGCUUCAGGGAGUCGUCUCCUGGGGCUAUGGCUGUGCCCAGAAGGGCCUUCCUGGAGUGUACACCAAAGUGUGCAACUAUGUGGACUGGAUUCAGUCCACCAUUGCUGCCAACUGAAGGCCUCCAGUCCCUCUGCGGUCACUACGCCAAUAAAGUGAAUUUGUCCU